AUGGCCUCCCGUUGUGCUCUCUCCCUCGCUCAGAACGUCCCCAAAGCCGAUGGAUCCCUGGACUUGACUAUCCCCUGUAGUGUCGACUCAGGAGCUGGCUGGCAAUUCAACUUUAUCAAUGGCACCAACACCUAUGUCAUCUAUGCUCAAUCCUCCAAGUUCACUUUGACCGGUGACUGUGUUGACCCCACCACCACUUCCUCAGCUUCAGUCGUUGCCCCAACCACCGUCACUGCCACCGCAACCGUCACCAACAACGCGACUAUCACCAAUAAUGCGACUGUUACAGCUAUAACUACUGCUACGACGACUCUUAUCAAGACUGUUGAAACCGUCGUCUUUGAGUCACCAAUCGUUUGGUUCGUCCAACCCUCCGCUGCUGCCGAUGCCAGUGCCGCCCCGCAAACCGUGACUGUCUACAAUUCGGGCAUCGCACCAGUAACCUGCGCUGCUGGUUCGCUUCAAACUAAGAGCACUGUUUCUGGAAAAUACGGCAUUUAUACACUUCCUACCGGACCCAAGGCCGUUCCCAGCAGAGUCCCCAACCCUUCUAGAUCUGUACUAAAGCCUAGCACGACGCCAUCGACCACUCCUGCCGUCUACACCGGCGCCGCUUCAUCUGUCCAGGUCAGUGGAGGAGUCAUGGGUUUCAUCGCUGCCGUUGCUAUGCUCUUGUAA